UGCAUGAUUGGAUGGAAUAUAGAAAGGAAAAUUAUGAGGCCUAAUUAUUGCGGUGGUGGUGGUGGUUACAAUACAUAUGAAUCCCAGCAAGUCACAGCUUGGCAUUCUCGUCUGCUUCCUCGGUGUGGGUUUGUGUGACCAUGGCACCCCUGCUUCUUCUUCUACCUUAUUACCAACCAACCCGAAGCAUCCUUCCUCUGUUCUUGAGUCAAUGCUUAUGCUAUGAGACGCGGCUGUCUCUUUUGGGUCAAAAGCACUAGAUAGCAGCGCUGUGCAUGGAGGAGUUGUUCUGAAUGAAGCGCGUUGAAUUAACUCGAGCAGCAGUGGCAGAAUGGGGCUUUCCUCCAAAACUGGUGUGGGAAAGCCAACACAUGAUGCAUUUUUCAACACCUCUCGAGCACUGCCGCUUUGUCUUAUAUAAGAAGAAGACGCCAACAGAGCCAACACAACAACGAAAACCAAAGAGGAGGAGCAGGGCAGUGGUGGAAGCGGAAAGGAAGAGAGAUCAGCAGGAAGGAGAAAAGGGAUCCAAAAGGGAGCUCGGAGCGGGGGGAUUUAACGGGGGCGGAAAAGAAUGGCGGCGGCAACUCCCGGCACGGCGAUGACUGUCUUCCUGAUGCUCUCAUGCAUAACGGCGGCGGCGGCGGCGGCGGCGGCGCUCAACCUGACGACUUUAUCCUUCGACGACGGCUUCUCCCACCUCUUCGGAAAUGAGAACCUCAUCCGCUCCCCAGACGGCCGCGGCGCCCGGCUCACCCUCGACCGCUCCUCCGGAUCGGGAUUCAUAUCAAACGAUCUCUACGACCAUGGCUUCUUCAGCGCCUCCAUCAAGCUGCCCUCGGAUUACUCCGCCGGCGUCGUCGUCGCCUUCUACACUUCCAAUGGAGAUGUGUUCCAGAAGACACACGACGAGCUGGACUUCGAGUUCCUGGGCAACAUCAGAGGCAAGGACUGGAGGAUUCAGACCAACGUCUACGGCAACGGCAGCACCAGCCGAGGCCGCGAGGAGCGCUACUUUCUCCCUUUCGAUCCCACCGCCGAGGCUCACCGCUACUCCAUUCUGUGGACCUCCGACCACAUCAUAUUCUACAUCGACGACACCCCUAUCAGAGAGGUGGUCCGCAGCGACGCCAUGGGCGGCGACUACCCGUCCAAGCCCAUGUCCAUCUACGCCACCAUAUGGGACGGCUCCACCUGGGCCACCGCCAACGGCAGGUACAAGGUCAACUACAAGUACGCGCCCUUCGUCGCGGAGCUCUCCGACCUCGUCCUCCGCGGAUGCCGCGUCGACCCGAUCCAGCAGGUGGACUCCGCCCGGCGGUGCGCCGAGGCCAACGAGGAUCUCCUCGCGGCCGACUUCGCCCAAAUGACCCCCUUAAAGCGCGCCGCCAUGCGCCGGUUCCGCGAGCGCUACAUGACCUACUCCUUCUGCUACGACGCCAACCGGUACCCGGUCACCUUCCCCGACUGCGACAUCAUCCCGUCGGAGCAAAGCAGGUUCUUCGAGUCAGGCGAAACCAAGUACCCGAGGGACCGCCGGAGGGCCAGGCGCCAGAGCCGGAGACCCUAAACGCGAGGCCGACAUCGGCCACUACUGCAUACUUCCAUUCUUUUUCUUACGGCUCUGUUUGUUACUAGGCACCGUACAAGUUGUGUGUAGGAUCGAUGCAUGGCUUCGCUCUUCUUCACGGGUCGUUUUAGUUUGUGCAGUAGAGGUAUACACAGCAGCAAUACACAUAUAGUGUUCGUUGAUUCUUUGUGGUGGCCCGAGAAGCUUGAUUUUAUGUAAUGGGGUGGUUGGCGUACGUUUGGAUCUUUUAAUGGAGCUUCUUGGAGGAAAUAAGUAAAUGGCGAUGGUUGGCGCAUA